AUGCUGGAGCGCGUCACUGCCUCUAAGAAUACGUUGGUGGAGGUUGGCGACGACUCCGCGUUCGACAUCAACCUCCUGGCUCCGGCGCCGAUCAUCACAGCGGUGCAGACCAUGUGCAAGGCACAGGGCUGGUGCGCCGAGGCAGCCCUGCAAGGCCUCUUUACUGUCACCGGCUGGCUGGAGCACGUGGACACCAGGAUCCAGAUCUCGGAGGGUGAGGAGCAUGCCAGAACACCCUUGGCAGCGUUCUUCGGUUCGCGGGCAAGCAACCGCAAGAGCUCCAUGCAUAAGUGGCUACUUCAAGAGUUGCUCGACAUCGACACGCUGCCGCACGGCGUCAAGGGCUCGGCGGCAAUCGCUACCGACGCGACCAUCAAAGGUCACCGCAACAACCUGUACAAUUACAGACGCUCAGGCCUCUCUUCGACGGAGCUGAGCGAGACCUACAAGACGUCGUGGACCGACCCAUCCAUCCCGCAAGCCAAGCUGGCGGCCAAGUCUCUCAUCAACAAGCUCGUGCACUCAGAGCGCGAUGCCUCCCUCACCGGAGCAAUGGUGGACGACAACUCCAACUAUAGCUUCUAUCAUUGGAUCAUCGGACACGUUCAGCCGCUAUCGGAGGUUCUGUCUUUGAGGAAGGGGGCCGAAGUCGGCUUCCCGAAACGUUUCCACAUCGUCGUGAAGGGCAUGAAGCCGGCCACGAUACCGGAGCAGGAGUGUCUAGAGUCCAAGCAGUUCCUUGCCGACUUCAUUGUCUUCAUGGCCGAGAGAGCCACGCAGGGGGAUGAGCCCAACAAAGGCGCCACGGUCACGUGCGAUGAGUUCGCUGCCGGCUGGCUCAGGUUCCUUCGGCUCCGCGCCGGGCUUGGCUUCGAGGACAAGCCCAUCGGCAUCCGCGACAUCCAGUACGGCAUCCACCCCUGGUGCCGCCAGCUGGAGUUCUACUCCGGCCUGGUGGUUGCUGCUGACAAGGCCGGGGCUGAAGCUACGUCUACUGGGCCCGCCCAAGGUCAAGAUGCUUCUCACCUCUGUAUGAAGUGGGUCUUGCAGAGCACUCCAAGCACAACUGAGGAGCAGAGCACGAAGGAUGUCAGGAAAAAGCUCAAGGGUCGUCUGCAGGCCUUGUGUGAUCGUGGAGCCAAGGGAGACCGCAAGAAGAAGGUCAACGGUCCCGCCAACACCUUGCCACAAGCUGUUCGAGACCUUGCCUCGCACUCCCUUCUGGACAUUGUCCCAGGGCAAGGCGGUGGCCGUGCGACAUUGACCUUUCGUAAGAGGAAGUGGUCGGACAUCACAGAUUGCCAGGACUCCAGAGACAUGUGCAAGUCCUUGCGCGUUGGUAGUGAGCUCUUCCCGUAG